GUCGCGCGGAGAUGACGUCGUGACCGAACCGGGAGCUGGAUGGCGUCGCGUUGGGCCGCGCGAGCCUGAGGCGGCGGGGCGGCGGGGCGGCGGAUUUCCCUCAGCCAAGAGGCGAUCUCAACGCUCAAGCUUCCAAUGAAUCAGAAUGUCAAAAGUGAGACGGAAGGUUACAGUUGAAAAUUCAAAGACCAUUUCUGAGAGCACGUCUCGUAGACCCAGUGUGUUUGAAAGGCUUGGGCCUAGCACAGGGACAAGUGCUGAGACGCAAUGUCGUAAUUGGAUGAAAACUGGUCAUUGUCCAUAUGGGAACACUUGUAGGUUUACUCAUGGAUCCUCCCCUAGAGGUAAAGGAUACAGUACUUCAUAUAGAAGAUCUCCAGAAAGACCAACUGGUGAUUUGCGAGAGAGAAUGAAGAAUAAAAGGCAAGAUGUAGAAUCUGAGCCACAGAAGAGAUCCCAGGAUGAAUCCUCAUCUCCAACAAGGAGGGAUGCUUCAAGAAGCAGACGCCGGAAAAAAGAUGACGCUAAUCUUAAAAUUACAAAGGAGCGCACUCCAGAAAGUGAGGAAGAAUCAGCUGAGUGGGAAACAGGCAGGGAUGAUUCUGAUAAUGGGGAUGUUAACUAUGAUUAUGAUCAUGAGUUGUCCCUCGAAAUGAAACGGCAGAAAAUACAACGAGAGCUGAUGAAACUUGAGCAAGAGAAUAUGGAAAAAAGAGAGGAAAUAGUCAUCAAGAAGGAGAUAUCUCCAGAACCAGUGAGAAAUAAACACUCCCCAUCUCCAAGAAAUGCAAGCAAAUCGUCUAAGCAUAAAACUAGCCCGAAGUUACCUUCUGGUAAGAAGGAGAAAAAAGGAUCAAGAUUGUCAUCUCCUGUGAGUGAGCAACAAAGAAAAUCUUUAAAAGUACAGCAGGGUAAAAAGAAAGGACCUCGUACUCCAAGUCCACCACCCCCUAUUCAUGAAGAGAUACUAGCAACAAAAAAGCAUAAAGAAAAGUCAAGAACAAAAGACAGAAUUGAAGAAAAAGCCCGAGAGAGUAAAGAAAGAGGAAGGGAUAUGGAAAGGCAUAAAGAGAAAAAAGAAAAACACAGGGAUCACUCUUCUGUUCGUAGGCAGAAGAGGUCUAUAAGUCCGGAAGAACAAUCUGGCAGCACCUCUUCUCGUUCCAGAGAAUAUUCCCCACCAGCAGCAAGGAGAAAAUCAGCCUCUCCAGCUCCACCUAAGUCAACUUCUUCUUCCUCUUCUCGAAAGCAUUCCUUCUCUCCACGUCACAGCAGAUCACCCUCUUCUCAGCGACGACACCAAACUCCCACUGUAUCCAGACAACACUCUCCAUCGUCUCAGUCAGGUUCACCUGUAACAAGAAGAUCAUCGUCUCCCCGACACAAAUGUUCCACUUCACUGUCCUACCAGCGCUCAGCGUCUCUCACUCGAAAGCGAUCCCCUUCACCAUAUACUCAACGUUCUUCAUCUCCACAGAGAAAGCAAAGUCCUGUUAGGCAUAGGUCCUCUGUUAAGGAAAAAGGCAAACACGAACAAGAAAAAUCACCAUUACAAGAGCUAUAUCAUGAGAAGAAGGAAGGGAACAGAGGAAAACGAGACAAGGAAAGCAAGGAUAGUCGAGACCGGCGAGAUUACGAUCUGGAUCAGAAUUUACUCCAUGAAAGGGACGAGCGGACAAGCAGGGAAACCCGUGAUAACAGAAACAAUCGGGAUUACAAAGAAGUGAAAGAUAACACCGAGCGCAGAGAGAUCAGGGAAUCUCGUGAAGUUCGUGAUACAAGAGACACACGAGAUUACAAAGAGAGCAAAGAUUCUCGAGAUGGGAGAGAAUCACGAUCUAGCCGCGAUACACACGAUUAUCGAGAUAGCAGAGAUUUCCAUCGAAAAGACGAACAGCAUUAUGAGGACCGCAGUUACAGUCGGGGCCAUGGCAGGGAUGAAAAUUCCCGGACUGACAUCAAGAAUGAUCGUCAAAAUGAAGCCAGGAUUGAUAGCAGGAAUGAAUCCAGGGGAGAUGGCCGGGGCGAAUCCAGGGGAGACGGCCGCGGCGAGUCCAGGGGAGAUGGCCGGAGCGAGUCCAGGAGGGACAGCCGGGGGGAGACCAGGGGAGACUGCCGGGGCGAGACCAGGGGAGACGGCCGGGGCGAGAUCAGGGGAGACGGCCGGGGCGAAGCCAGGGGAGGUGGCCGGGGUGAGACCAGAGGGGAUAUCCGGGGCGAGAUGAGGGGAGAUAGCCGAAGUGAGGUAAGGGGUGAUGGCCGGGGUGACUCAAGGGGAGAUGGCCGGGGAGAGUCCAGGGGAGACAGCCGUGGCGAGGCUAGAGCUGACAGCCGUUGUGAGACCAGUAGAGACGGCCGGGGUGAGGUCAGAGGAGAUGGCCGUGGCGAGUCCAGGGGAGAUGGCCGUGGCGAGGCUAGAGCUGACAGCCGGAGUGAGACCAGGACUGAUAGCCGGGGAGAUGGCCGCAUUGAGACCAGGAGUGAUGGCCGUGGCGAGAUCAGGGGAGAUGGACGUGGCGAAACCAGGGGUGAAAGAGUGGCCAGAGGAAGAGGGAGAGGACCAGAAUUAACCGAAAAAGGGAGCCAUGGAACAACUCGAAGUAGCCAAUUUGACACACACAGCACAAGCAGUAAUUACCAUGAAAACUGGGAUACAAGAAGUGGAUAUGCAGAAAGAGAUCGCUAUGAUCGAGACCAAAGCAGAGAUGCAUCCUUUGACAGGCAUGGCCAUGCAGAGAGGGAAAGGCGUGAAAACAGAGACCGUGAAAGAGAUCACACAGCUGGUACUGCUACACGGCACCCAGGGAGGACAGAUGAUCAUGACCAUGAAGAAAGAAAAGAAGAGCGGCGAUCAGAUCGCGAGGACAGGCGUGAUGAUAGACUCAGGGAAAGAGACCGUGAAAGAGAUCGUGACAAAGAUCGUGAUAGAGAUAGAGAGCGAGAAAGGGAAAGAGAAUUGGAUCGAGAGAGGGAGCGUGAAAGAAUCCGUGAACGGGAUAGGGAAAAGGAACGAGAGCGAGAGAGGGGCAAGGAGAGAGAACGAGAAAGGGAGAGGGAGAGAGAGAGGGAGAGAGAACGGGAAAGGGAAAAGGAAAGGGAGAGGGUUAGAGAGAGGGACAGAGAGAGAGAGAAGCAAAAAGACUGGGAUGAGAAGGAGAAAUUGAGAGAUGAACGCAAAGAUAAAAAGGACGAUCAACGAGAAGAGCGGGAUUUGAGGGCAAGUCACAGUCAAAGGAAAACAAGAAAACGGCCUUGGACAGAAUGCAGCCUGAGCCCAUUGGCAAAGCGAGCUCGUGAUGAAUCUCCUGAUAGUGAUACCUACAACAGUAGUGAAGAGAAAAGUGAAAAGCACCGCUUGUUAAGUCAGGUCGUACGUCCACAAGAUUGUCGGACACUCAGUCCGCCGCGUGUUAUUGAAGAUCGAACAAGUAGCUGGAAAGAUGAUGACAGGAAGUUGGACAAAAAGGAAAGUACAAGGAGGCGCGAUGACCAUACCAUGAGAGAAAGAAUAGCUUCAGGGGACAAACAAAGAGAGCAUAUAGCGGGGAGCGUCGAGAGUUCACGAAGCAGGGAAUCUGAUAGCACUGCACACCAUACUGGUGAUGAUAGAGAAGGACUUGUUGGACUACAUGAACAUAGCAAGAAAAAAAACAAAGCUCUGCGGAAGUCUCAAAAGAAGAACAAAAGAGAUGAUGAUUGUGGAUCCAAAAAAUACAUUUCAGAGCCCUUAGUAGAGGAAGCAGUUUUGUCACCCAGGAAAGCUUCAAAGAAGAAAAAUGUUGAUAAAAAACGUAAACGCUCUAAAGGAGAUUCAGAUGCUUCUGAUGAGGAAGUGGUCCCGCAAGCUAAAAGGUGGAAGGGUCCCAGGACUCCACCUGUAACCGUAAAGGAAGAAUCUAUUGAAGAAGUAUCUGAGAAAAGUGCUGAAGGAAAUACACAAGGAGGAGGAGAUGUAGUUUUCAGUGACUGGUCAGAUGGAGAUGUGCCAGAACGUGAAGAAAGUAUAAUUUCUGACAAGAGCCUUGAAGAUUCUCGAAGGAAAAGUCAGAGAACUGAAGUUGAAAAGUUAGAAGCCCCUACCGUGGCAGAUAAUCGCUCAUGUAAAACUGAUGAGCACAAACGGAGCAGCAGCCUUGGUAGCAAUCGCAGUCAGACUUCAAGCCGUUUACGAUCACCUUCAAAUGAAUCUACUCAUCGCAGCGGAGAUGAUCAGAGUGGUGGAAGGAGACGACAGCAUGGAACUUCAAGAGAUGGGCAGAAGUACAGAAAUAUUGAGUCUUGUGAACGUAAAUCCCGAAUAGAUCAACUCAAGCGUGGAGAGCCUAGCCGCAGCACUUCCUCAGAUCGUCAAGAUUCAAGGAGUCACAGUUCUAGAAGAAGCUCCCCUGAUUUAGAUCGACAAGAGCGUUCCAGGACUGGUUCUUUUGAGAGCAGGGAAAAGCUUCAGGAUAGUGAACGGGACCGUGAUCGAGAAAGACGGGAGAGAAGAGAAUGGGAGCGGGAUGGAGAACAUCGGGACUGGGCUAAAAGCAGGCACAGAAAUAGAGACCGACGAAGAGAGGUCACGAAGGAGAAAGAAAAGCCGUCAGCAGAAAUGUUUGAUAAAGAUAAAGAACGAACUCAGGAACCUGCUUCCAUGCUGGAACAAACCCGAGUGGAACUAAGACUGGGAAGGGAAACUGAGAAGCAACUCGACCAAACUGAAACUACAGCUGCAGUCACGUGUGAAAGAGAUGUAAAGGAGCCAGUGAAGGAAUCAGAGAAUGAAGAGCUUCAUGCUGAUGAACCUAUUGAUAGCAUUGAAGCAGGUGAGCAAGAUGGAAAAGUAGAUGAUGCACAGUCAUCAUUGUCAGGAGCUUGUGAAGAAUAUGAACCAAUUAGUGAUGAUGAGCUGGAUGAAAUUCUAGCUGAUGAUGCAGGAAAAAGAGAGGAGAACCAGGAUGAAGAGAAAAUAUCAGAUCCCAUGGAUGUGAUUGAUGUCGAUUGGUCAAGUCUGUUACCCAAGCAACCCAAAGAGCCAAAGGAGCCAGGAGCUGCUUUGUUAAAAUUCACUCCUGGUGCAAUCCUGUUACGAGCUGGAAUAUCCAAGCGUUUGGCUGGUGCAGAAUUGUUUGCCAAGGUCAAUGAAACUUGUCGGGCAGCUAUCAACAACUCUAAAGAUGGAGACAACGUUUUUGAAGAUGAACUUGGAGCCCUCAACAUGGCUGCUAUUCAGAGAAAGGAAGAGCGAGCCCAUCUGCUGAGUAGUUUGGGACCCUGUUGUAAAGCACUUUGUUCUCGGAGGGAUCUUGUUAUCCGCAAACAGUUAGUAAGAAAUGAAAAGGGUGCAACCAAGCAUAUGUAUACAAAUCAACCAGUUGUGGACAACGAUCUUCUAAGAUCAAGUCUUCGGUUAUUCAAACGCAAAGCACUAUGUCAUGGUCCCAUACAGGAAAAAAGUGAUGACAGUAAGAUUUUGCGACCUAAAGUUAAACAGGAAGUUUGUGUUUCAUAACUUUUGCAGCAUCAUGGAUUAAUUUUGACUUUGAUAUUGGAGAAUCUGUAUCUAAGGAACUGGAUCCCACACCUGAAUAUUUGGAAGAAUGUCACUUGUUUAUUGACAAACCUAAUAUUGGACCUGGAAUGGUCAAACUUAAUUUUUCAGCUUUCAAGACUAUUCGUUUUAGGAAUUUAAAUACUGUUCUAUGUACUGGAUAAGUGAAUAUAUCAUUUUUUGAAGUACAGAUUUGAAAUCUUUAAUAAAAGUCUCAGCUUUG